AUGUCUACGCUGCCCCCCGAUCAUCGAAAAGGCGUGUCGCGAACAACUGGAAACACCGUCAACAUGACUGUAUCUCAGUCUUCAAAGGCCAAGCCGGCCUCCAAGGUCAGCAAUGGCAAGCCAAAGACAAAGACUCAGAUGCAUCGUCGCUCAAGAACAGGCUGCUAUACUUGCCGUUUGCGACGUAAGAAAUGCGAUGAGGGAACUCCCAUGUGCACAGCCUGCAAGCAUCUCGGCUUGCAAUGCGAGUACAAGCGACCCAUGUGGUGGAGCAACAACGACAUGCGAAGGAAACACAAGGAAGACAUCAAGAUGAUCAUCAAGCGCAAGAAGCUCUCUGAGAAGUCGUCGCACAACAUCCAGAACUCUUGCGCCAGCUCUCCUCCUGGCCUCACCCACUCUCUUCCCACAUCAGCCACCUUCACUGAUCCUCUUGACCGCACAAGAUCUGCUUCCAUUGACUCUCAAUUCCCGGCCGCCUUCAGCUUCAACAGUCCUCCCAGCGCAAACGAGUAUGGAUUCGGUGCCCCCAUGCACCCCGAGUUCAUGUUCGGCAGCUACUCGCCAUAUGAGAUUGAUGUCAAGACAGAGCGACAAAUGUUCGUCAACGAUGUGCCUACAGUUCGCGAAUCACACAUCUCCACCUUUAGCACUUACCACACUCCUCCUCCUGCUGGCACAGUUCUUCCCAAUGGCCCUCUGGACGGCGAGUGGGCAGAGCAGGUAUUCCAAGAGCGCAAGGAAUCGCUCUCAGAAGAGACUCUCAACUGCAACUUCUUCGACUUCUCACAUGCUCCCUCAACAGAGUCGAGGCAAGUCCAGAUUGAACUUGACGAGAACGAUCAGCGUCUGCUGGAUCACUUCAUCCAAUUCGUUCUGCCAACCAUCUUCCCCAUUCUUGAGUCCAACCAACACUGCUCAGUCAGCUCCGACCUCAUCCUUCCUGCUCUUCAAUCCAACAGCGCCUACCUUCACUGCUGUCUGAGCGUGGCCGCCCAACACCUCAAGUCGCAUGCCUCCUCCUCCACUGAGGAUGUUGACAACGACAUCAUGCGCCACCGUUAUGCCACCAUCUGGGCUCUCUGCGAGGCGCUCAAGAAGGACGAGAACCACCAGCAGAUCCUUGAGGCCACCCUUGGCCUCAUCUUCUUCCAGUCCGUCGUCGGCCGAUAUGACGAUGGCCUUCUGGACAUUCCUUGGCACCAGCACUUCCAGGCCGCCAUCAGCCUGGUGCAGAAGCUUGACCUCCCUGGGAUCGUCUGCGAUCCUACCAGGGCUUCUAUGCAAACUCCCUUCAACAUGUCCCUGUCCUCAUGGAUUGACAUUCUCGGUGCCACCAUGAAGGGCCGAUCACCAACAUUUGCCCACACUUACCGCGAGAAGCACCUCUCCCAGCUCAACCCCAGCCUGGGACUACGUGAGCUUAUGGGCUGUGACGACCGGGUCAUGUACCUUAUCUCUGAGAUCGCCUGCCUCGAGUCCCUUAAGAAGGACGGCAUGGACGACUUCACACUCUGCCAGCACGUGUCUGCCCUUGGCGAGCAGAUCAGCUUGACUGAGAUGGGAGAUGCAGGCCCCAAGAUGCCCUUCAAUGCCAACGGCAGCCUUUCACCUAAGCAGCUUUCUAAGAACAUGACCAUGACUUUCCGCAUCGCUGCACGCAUCUUCCUUUGCAGCCUGGUUCCUGGAUUCAACCCCAGACAGCCUUCCCCUAUGGGACUUGUUGAGAAGCUCACAACUGUGCUUCAGCACAUUCCCUCAGGCCCCAAUGGAUUCGACCGCAACCUUGCUUGGGUCUACCUCAUUGGCGGUUCCAUCAGCGUCCCUGGCAGCACAUUCCGAGCCUUCUUCGAGGAUCGCCUUGCCCAGCUUGGUGACUCGGCCAGAUUCGGCACCAUGGGACGCCUGGCCACCCUCCUGCACGAGGUGUGGGUUCAGAAUGACAGCCUCUCGGGUGUUCACACACCUGGGUCCACGACAUCUGAGGCAGCCCCUCUACACAUCCACUGGCGGGAUGUCAUGGAAUCGAAGGGAUGGGACUUCUUGUUGAUCUAA